AUGUGCAGAAGAGCCUUGUAUGAUGUUGGGGAUAUGCCAUACAGAGUAGCAGCUCCGCUCCUGCAGCAGUGUCGGCCAGAUCAACUGCGCAUGAUCGAAGAUGCUUCGCCUCAUCUUCUUGAAUACUCUGAUGAGUUGUGGCAUCGUGCAUGUCUACGGGACUUUUCCGAGCUCCGGAAACUUCAUGAGGAUGGCACACUACCGACGCCGUCAAGUUGGCGCGAUCUAUACCGAGUACGUGCAUAA